AUGUCCCAGGCCGGGUAUGGUAUGACUGAGUCUCACCUGGCAGCUCUUCUUCAAUUCCAUUAUAUGACUUUCAGCUACACAGAAGAUAUGAGCAAUCUCAGCUCUCUUCCAUGCCGUCAGCUUGGAAAUGGCCCCCUCGUAUCUCGACUGGGAUUGGGAAUGAUGGGUGCUAGUGGAGUUUAUGGCAAGCCAUCCGGUGAUGAAGAGAGAUUGAAGUUUUUGGAUCAGGCAUAUGAAAGAGGAGAGCGAUUUUGGGAUACCGCUGACAAGUAUGGCGACUCUGAGGAUCUACUUGGCCGAUGGUUCGCCGCCAAUCCCGAGAAACGCAAGGACAUCGUCCUGGCCACUAAGUUUGGCAUCAGAACCACGCCCGGUGUUCCUGGGUUCUCUGUUGACUCCACGCCGGAGUAUUGCCGACAAGCUAUUGAAGCAUCUCUCCGACGUCUUGGUCUCCCAUUUGUCGACAUCUACUAUGUUCAUCGUCUGGACAAGGUGACCCCGAUCGAGAAGACAAUGGAAGCAAUGGUGGAACUCAAAGCAGCUGGGAAAAUCAAACACAUCGGGCUGAGCGAGUGUAGCGCCAAAUCAUUGAGACGUGCUCAUGCGGUGCAUCCAGUGACAUGCGUGCAAGUGGAAUACAGUCUGUUCUGUAAAGACAUUGAGUCCCCACAAACACAACUCCUACAGGCUGCUCGCGAGCUAGGUGUUGCCAUUGUCGCAUACAGUCCUCUCGGGAACGGGCUUUUAGGUGGCGCCAUUCGCUCGCGAGAAGAUGUGACUAAACCUGGUGACUCAAGGGGAGCUUUGCCGUGGAUGAGUGAGGAGAACAUUGAGAAGAAUAUUGGGGUUCUCGACAACAUCUUGCAGGUUGCCGACUCGAUGAAGAUAACUUCGGCGCAACUAGCUCUUGCGUGGCUGCUUGCACAAGGCGACGACAUCUUUCCUAUCCCGGGAACCUCGAAGAUCCAUCGAUUGGAAGAAAAUCUGGGUGCGCUUUCCGUCUCUUUGUCUGAUGAUGAUGAACGGAAAUUGCGUGAGGUUUCAGAGGAAAUCGUGGGUGGGAGAUUCCAAGCAAGGACUGGGUAUGAUUUUGCGGAUACACCCGACUUGGAUCACUGA